AUGGCAGAGUUGUUGGACAAUGCGGUGGAUGAGAUAGAAACUGGUGGUGCUACAGCAACAUUGUUGGACAAAGUCAUCGACAAACGGCAUGGAUCACCAGCUUUACUAAUUCAAGGUUUUGAUUGUUAUACUAUAAUUAAUGUGAUAUCAUUAUUUUAA